AUGCUGAAGCUGCGAGGGUGCCGGGUGAUCGAAGGUCACCUCAGUAUUGUCGUGAUCGAACAUCCCUCGCCGAGUGCAUUUGACAACAUGAGCUUUCCUGAAUUAAGGGAAGUAACUGGCUAUAUAAAGAUAUAUAGGUUGAUGGGGGUGCGGAACCUCGGCGACCUGUUUCCGAAUCUCUCUGUAGUGCGCGGUAUGCAACUGUUCAAGGAUUACGCUAUAGUUGUGUUUGACUGCGAAGAUCUUGAGUCGCUGGGCCUUCGUUCUUUGUCGAAAGUGGAACGCGGCGGGGUUCGCAUACAGCAGAACGAUCGUCUCUGCUACACGAAUACCAUUGACUGGUCGCGCAUCGUGGCGGACGGCGACGACAACAUCUUGAUCCGGUCGAACUACGACACACGACUGUGCGGCCUGUGUCCGAACGCACAGAGCCGCAUGGAGGACCACCGACAGCAGCACUUGCAGUGCCCCGCCGAUACCUCCGGACGGCUGCUGUGUUGGGACGACAAGCACUGUCAAAAGUUGUGCCCGAGUGCGUGUGGCGGGCGCGCGUGUACGCGCAACGGCACGUGCUGCAACGCGACGUGCCUGGGCGGCUGCGAAGGCCCGCUCGCGCGUGACUGCCACGUCUGCGCCAACUACUCGCUCGGCUACGGCGAGAACCGCACCUGCGUCUCCUCCUGCCCCGCCAACACGUACCGGCUGUCGCGGCGCUGCGUGACGGAGCAGGAGUGCCGCGCCAUGCCGCCGCCGCAGCCCGCCGAGUCCAGCCAGCCCGCGCCCAACAUCCGCGCCUACAAGAUCCUCAACAACACCUGCGUCUACAUGUGUCCUAGCGGAUACAUGGAGGUGGGCGGCGCGCGCGACGGCAUGUGCCGGCCGUGCCGGCCGGCGGGCUGCGUGCGCGAGUGCGGCGGCGGCCGCGUCGACUCGGUGGCGGCGGCCGAGCACUUCCGCGGCUGCACGCACCUCAAGGGCUCGCUCGAGAUCUCGCUCCGCGCCAGCGCUGGGAAUACAAUGGCGAUUCUGGAAGCAUCUCUGGGUGAAAUCCGCGAGAUUGACGGCAGCCUGAAGAUAACGCGCUCGUACCCGCUCGUGUCGCUCAUGUUCCUCAAGAACCUGCGCCGCAUCGGCGGCCACACCAACGAUAAUAAAAUGCAGAGCCUGUACAUAUUCAACAACCCGAACCUGGAGAUGCUGUGGGACUGGUCCACACAUAAAACGAUCGAGAUAGUUCGCGGCAAACUCUUUAUCCACUUCAACCCGAAGCUCUGCUACAACCAGAUCCUGCCGCUCAAGAACAUGACGCGCGACCCGAUAUCCACGUUCGACCAGAUCGAGGUGUCCAUCGAUAACAACGGCGAUCAGGCUUCAUGUUUCCAAGACGUGCUGCAACUGAAGGUGAGCACUCUACGUCGGCGCGCGGUGAUCUUGACGUGGGACAUGUACUGCUCGGAGGACAUACGCAAGAUGCUCGGUUACUCCAUCUACUAUAUUGCCGCCGAGCACAACGUCACGCUGUACGGACAGCGAGAUGCCUGCUCUGACACGUGGAACGUGCUGGACAUAACGAUGGACGACGUGCGCAGCAACGUGUCGAAACCGACGCCCAGCGCUAAGAACGCGCUGGUCAACCCAUGCGACAAUCUGCAGCCGCACUUCUACCCGCUCACGCAGCUCACGCCAUUCACGCGAUACGCCGCCUACGUCAAGACAUACACCACGCUGCAGGACAAGAAGGGCGCGCAGAGCCCCAUCAUCUACUUCAAGACCCUGCCCGAUUCCCCAAGCCCACCGUUGGGGCUGACGGUGGAGCUUCGCACUGCUCACUCUGUGCAGAUUAGCUGGAUGCCGCCGGCAAUGCCGAACGGCACCAUUUCUAUUUACCACGUGGAGAUCCAGGCCAACAGCUACAACCGACCCACUAUACUCGCUGAUAACCUCAACUACUGUAACAAUCCAAGCGCGCUUUCGAACAUGAUAACGGUGCGCAACGAAGAAGUGGCAGAGAGUGCGGAGGGUGGGGAGGGUGGUGAGGGUGCGGGGAGCGCUGUGGGCGCGGCGGUUGCGGGGGCCGCGGCAGGCGCGGGGGGCGAGGUGGGCGGCACGUGCGCGUGCGCGCCGCGCCCCGCCUCGCGCUUCAGUUCGCGCGCCGAGCAGGAGCGCAUCGACAGCAUCAACUUCGAGAACGAACUGCAGAACCACGUUUACGUCAAAACUGAGAGAAACAAAUCUUCUAAAUCGGGUAGCAGCAGAAUAAAACGGGCUAUAGACAAACAGCUGAACAGCAUGCUGGUCAUACUAAGCGGAUACAAUAAACCCGAACAAGGAUCAAAGUAUUUCAACUCUACUGACACGGAAGGGUACGUGAAGUCGCUGUACUACGAGCUGGACGGCAACACGCGGUCACUAUUGGUAGAGAAUAUGCGCCAUUUCACCUGGUACACCGUCAACCUGUGGGCGUGUCGUGAAAAACAAGAUUACGAACCGAUUGACAACUACAAGGAAACUUGGUGCUCUGGACGAACCUUCAACACUUUUCGGACUUUAGAGUUGCCAAAUGCCGACGUAGUAAAAGAUGUUCGAGCUGAAGUCAUAGUCUCAAACAAAACCUUACCCGAAGUAAACGUAACUUGGAAGCCACCAGAAAACCCUAAUGGAUUUGUAGUUGCAUACAAUGUGCAUCACUCGCGUAUUGAAGACAACAGCGAGGCGCAGGACGUGGGACUGCAGAGCUGCAUCACGGCGAGCGACUACGAGGCGAGCGGGCGCAGCUACGUGCUGCGAAACCUGGCGCCCGGCAACUACAGCGUGCGCGUCACGCCGCUCACCGUCGGCGGCGCGGGCAACGUCUCCGCGCACGUCUACGUCUUCAUACCGGAGCGGCGCUCAGAGGCGGGCUACGCGUGGGCGUGGGGCGCGGCGGCGGGCGCGGCGCUGCUGCUGCUGCUGGCGGGCGGCGCCUGGUACGCGCGCCGCGCGCUGCCGUCGCCCGAGGGCAACAAGCUGUUCGCCACCGUCAACCCGGAGUACGUGUCCACCGUGUAUGUGCCCGAUGAGUGGGAGCUGCCGCGCACCAGCAUCGAGUUCAUCCGCGAGCUUGGUCAGGGCUCCUUUGGCAUGGUUUAUGAAGGUAUUGCUAAAAACAUAGAAAAAGGAAAACCGGAAACUCGGUGCGCUGUAAAAACGGUUAAUGAACAUGCCACUGACAGGGAGCGCAUUGAGUUCCUGAACGAGGCGUCAGUGAUGAAGGCGUUCGAUACGUUUCACGUGGUGCGGCUGCUGGGCGUGGUGUCACGCGGCCAGCCCACGCUGGUGGUGAUGGAGCUGAUGGAGUUCGGCGACCUCAAGACCUACCUGCGCUCGCACCGCCCCGACGCCGACUCCUCGCUGCCCAAGAAGGACGACGCCGCGCCGCCCACGCUGCAGAACAUCCUGCAGAUGGCGAUAGAGAUAGCGGACGGUAUGGCAUACUUAUCCGCCAAAAAGUACGUACACCGCGACUUGGCGGCGCGCAACUGCAUGGUGGCCGGCGACCUCACCGUCAAGGUGGGCGACUUCGGCAUGACGCGAGACAUCUAUGAGACUGACUACUAUAGGAAGGGCACUAAGGGUCUACUGCCCGUCCGGUGGAUGAGCCCAGAGAGCUUGAAAGAUGGGGUGUUUUCAAGUAAUAGUGAUGUGUGGAGCUACGGUGUCGUGCUAUGGGAAAUGGCGACACUAGCGAUGCAGCCCUAUCAGGGCCUGUCGAAUGAGCAGGUGGUGCGCUACGUGGUGGAGGGCGGCGUGAUGGAGCGGCCGGAGCACUGCCCCGACCGGCUGUACGAGCUCAUGCGCGCCUGCUGGUCGCACCGCGCCGCCGCGCGCCCCUCCUUCCUGCAGCUGGUGGCUGACCUGGCGCCCAGCGCGCAGCCCUACUUCCGACACCGCUCCUUCUUCCACUCGCCGCAGGGCCAGGAGAUGUACGCGCUGCAGCGCUCCGCCACGGGUGAGUCUCUUCCACUUCCUGCAGCUGGUGGCCGACCUGGCGCCCAGAGCACAGCCCUACUUCCGACACCGCUCCUUCUUCCACUCGCCGCAGGGCUAGGAGAUGUAAGCGCUGCAGCGCUCCGCCACGGGUGA